CCGGGUGUCGCGCAGUUGCCGAUUCAUUGUGCAGAUGGCGGUGAACGGGGCGGACUCAGCGGGUCUCAGACAGACGGCGGCGAUGUACGAACAGCUGAAAGCAGAAUGGAGCAAAAAGAGCCCCAACCUGGGCAAAUGUGGGGACCUUCUGGGCAAACUGAAGCUUGCCCUCUUGGAGCAGAAUUUCUUACCCACAACUGAUGUAAAGCUUACAAAGCAACAGCUGGUAUUGGCAAGAGAUGUUUUGGAGAUUGGUGCCCAGUGGAGUAUUUUGAAGAAAGACAUCCCUUCAUUUGAAAGAUAUAUGGCUCAGCUGAAAUGCUACUACUUUGACUACGAGGAUGAGCUCCCAGAAUCCGCAUACAAACACCAGCUCCUUGGCCUCAACCUCCUUUUCCUCCUGUCGCAGAACAGAGUGGCUGAAUUUCACACAGAGCUCGAGAGGUUACCAGCAAAAGAGAUCCAGGCAAAUGUUUACAUCAAACACCCGGUGUCUCUGGAGCAGUACCUGAUGGAAGGGAGCUACAACAAAGUGUUUCUGGCGAAAGGUAACAUCCCAGCCGAGAGUUACACGUUCUUCAUUGACAUUUUACUCAACACAAUAAGGGAUGAAAUUGCUGGCUGCAUUGAAAAGGCGUAUGAGAAAGUCUUGUUUAAUGAGGCAACAAGGAUAUUAUUCUUUAACACACCCAAGAAGAUGACUGACUAUGCAAAGAAGCGUGGUUGGGUGUUGGAGCCAAACAACUACUACAGCUUCAGCAGUCAGCAGCACAACCCUGAAGAGGCCACGAUUCCAUCAACGGAACUAGCCAAGCAAGUCAUAGAGUAUGCCCGGCAGUUGGAGAUGAUAGUCUAAGCCACAGGGUGAAGAUUUUGUGCUAUUCCUCUCUCUGGGUCCGUUCUGACAGCACACCUGCUCUAACUAGAAUGGGCCUUGUAUAUAAUAAAGCAGUAUAGAGCAUAGCUCGCUCAAGCUUUGGGGCACAGUGUGCCAUUUCCUCUGCCAAAGUACCUGGCAAUACUUUUUUCUUUUUUUAAAGAAGCCCUUGUAUAUGUCUGGGACUCUAUUCUGUGGUGAAUAGUCGUGACAUCGGCCCUUUGUAAACAUUUUAUCCUUCUGCGUUCAGUGAUCUUUGGUAAUUUAUCAUUUUUAGUCCUGGGCAUUCAUGGUUAUUGCAAGGGAGCUGCAAUUUGAAACUUUUUUGACACGUUUUGUGGCAAUUUGUCACUGUCUAACCACAGACAUGUCUGAAAUUAUCCUAAAAAUAAAAGUAAAAACUAAUUUGA